UACACACACCAGUGCAGCUAGCGCGGGCUACGAGGAGCUAGUGAUUAUCCUAUUGUAAGCUCGUGUGCUGUAUAGAACCGUGGAGAGUGAAAGGCCAGCUUGAGAUCAAACAUUCACCCGGAACGCUCCCGGUACGGCGGUAGAGAUCGAGCUGGACCGGUGACCGAAAAGCGUCUGUCCACACACAUUGCAUGUUACUGUUACUGUGUUAGGGAAACUCAAACCAGCAUUGUGAGAUAAUAAGACAACUGCUCUGCCCCUGAACCAGGCGUGUAAUAAAUUCAAUGCAUGAGCCGUUGGCUUUGAGUCCAUGGCACUCCCUUCAAGUAGUCCAGCAUACAUUGACGUGGAUGUAAGGAGGUAGAGAUCGGUUUCAUCAAAGGCAACAAGGACAAGAUAAUCUUCCUUCAGGAAGAAAAGUGAAUCGCUUGGAAUUAUUGAAAAGACAUUAAAAGCCAUGUCGUGUACGGAAGAUAUCAAACCUUGUGCAGGAGGGGAUGCUAAAGCAGCAACAGUUAAACCUCAGACAACACCAACAAUCACAUCAGCUUCAUCGGCAGCUGCUGCUUGUAAUCUUCCAAAGAGACCAAACUACUCCCUCAAAUUCACAUUAGCUGGACAUACCAAGGCGGUGUCAGCAGUUAAAUUCAGCCCCAAUGGAGAAUGGCUUGCAAGCUCCUCCGCUGACAAACUUAUCAAGAUAUGGGGAGCAUAUGAUGGCAAGUUUGAGAAGACAAUAUCAGGGCACAAAUUGGGUAUAUCAGAUGUUGGUUGGUCCAGUGAUUCAAGACUUCUUGUUUCUGCAUCGGAUGAUAAGACUCUCAAAAUAUGGGACUUUAACACAGGUAAAUGUUUGAAAACAUUGAAGAGUCACAGUAACUACGUUUUCUGCUGCAACUUUAACCCACAAUCAAAUCUCAUCGUGUCUGGAUCGUUUGAUGAGAGUGUGAAGAUCUGGGAUGUGAAGACAGGAAAGUGCCUCAAGACGUUACCGGCUCACUCAGAUCCGGUAUCAGCUGUUGAUUUCAACAGGGAUGGUUCUCUCAUUGUAUCCAGUAGUUAUGAUGGUCUUUGUCGAAUUUGGGAUACAGCGUCUGGGCAGUGCUUGAAAACUCUGAUAGAUGAUGACAAUCCUCCAGUCUCGUAUGUGAAGUUUUCACCCAAUGGAAAGUACAUCUUGGCUGCAACGUUAGACAACACACUGAAGCUGUGGGACUACAGUAAAGGAAAGUGUCUCAAGACAUACACAGGUCACAAGAAUGAGAAAUACUGCAUCUUUGCAAACUUCUCUGUCACAGGAGGAAAGUGGAUUGUAUCGGGAUCUGAAGAUAACAUGGUGUAUAUAUGGAAUCUACAAACCAAGGAGAUCGUACAGAAACUACAAGGACACACAGAUGUUGUCCUCUGCACGUCAUGUCAUCCCACAGAAAACUUGAUCGCAUCGGCAGCGCUUGAGAACGACAAGACGAUCAAGAUCUGGCGAUCAGACUGCUAACGAUGGAGGGCAUUUUAUUGUACAGUUUCUUGUGUAAAUUUUGAACUUUGACCUUCCAUUGUCCAAUAUCCGUGAUUUAAUGUUGCGAUCCUAGCAAAGAGUCUCGCUUCUUUUGUGAGGAACAACUUACUGAGUUGACCUGGCUCUGCAGAAGAUACACGUUACUCAACAUUGAAUAGUCUUGUUUUGCAGACUCGUGUGUUGUAGUUCUGGCAAUGGUAAGAAACUGGAAACGAAAGUGAGAAUUUGGUACUAAUUUUUAGUUUAUUGCCAGAGUGGAAUCAAUCUGAGGACAACAUGUGUUAGUGUUCUUUUGAAUUGAAUUCCGGACUGGUGCUCUAAAACGACUGUCUUAUCACCAGAAGCAGCCUCUUUUUUCCAACAUGAAUGAAAAUGAUGAUAGAUACAUUAAAGAUAAAGUUGAGUUCUGGUCAUGCUAUUGCAUUGUGAAAGAAACGGUGUGGAAUCAAUCAGAAUAGGUCGA